AUGACAUCCCAACCUCUGUCUACCACUACAAGUGCGCUGGUGUACUCGUGGACAACGGGCCAGCCUGAUGGACCAAGAUACCAGGACCAGGCGCGAGGCCAGCGCGAUCUGCUCACCCAGAUUGUAAUCAGCGUCAGCUUUGGUUGCAGUGCUUUUAUCACGUUUUGCUUUCUACGACCGAAAUGGAGCGCCCUCUAUGCCGCGAGGCGGAAGAUGAGGAGUGCUGCCUCGAGACUACCUGACCUUCCGGAUUCGCUAUUUGGGUGGAUUCCAGUCCUAUACAAGAUCAGUGACGAAGAAGUUCUAGCUUCAGGGGGGCUAGAUGCGUUCGUGUUUUUGUUAUUCUACAGAUACUCAAUCCAUUUCCUUUCAAUCGUUUUCUUCUUCUCCGUUGUCGUUAUCCUUCCAGUCAGGUAUUCAUACACAGGAGAAAGAGGAUACCCGUGGGAUGGCGACCGAGGUGAAGAGCCUGGCGGUAAUUCGGACAAGAAACAGAAAACCGAUCCAACCUUUCUCUGGUUGUAUGUUGUGUUUUCCUAUGUGUUUACUGGAGUGGCCGUCCACCUCCUUAUAAGCUACACGAAUAGGGUCAUACAGAUACGACAGAAAUUUUUAGGAGGACAGACUACCAUGGCCGAUAGGACGAUUCGGCUGUCUGGAAUUCCUGUUGACUUGCGUUCUGAGGAGAAAAUCCAAGGUUUCAUCGAGGGGCUAGAAAUCGGAAAUGUUGAGAGUGUUAUGCUUUGCCGUGACUGGAGAAACCUGGAUAGGCUGAUGGAAGAAAGGAAACGUACUCUUCAACUCCUUGAAGAAUCAUGGGCCAAAUACCUUAAGUAUCGAAAAAGCAAGCCGAACGGGUUGGUCACUCGGACAGCUCAGUUAGUUCCAUCGAUUGAUGCAGAUAAUACUGCAGAGGAUGCUCGGUUGCUCUCUGGUGAGCAUUCCGCAGCACAGAAUCAUAUUUUGGAACACCCGGGGGCUCGCCCUAGAACGAGAGUUUGGUUUGGUCCUUUGAAGCUACGAUUCAAAUCUAUUGACGCAAUCGAUUACUAUGAGGAGAAGCUACGCCAGCUAGACGAAAAAAUCGAAAUUGCUCGUCAACAGGAAUGCACCCCUGGUGCCUUAGCAUUCGUUACGAUGGAAUCUAUUGCCGCUUGCCAAAUGGCAGUCCAAGCUAUCCUCGACCCUUGGCCAAUGCAGCUUGUUGCCAAUUUAGCACCUGCCCCAGCAGAUGUUGUCUGGCAACAUACUUAUCUAUCUCGGGUCGAAAGGAUGAUACGAGGCUGGACUAUUACCACUGUUAUUUGUGUGCUGACUGUUUUCUGGUCCCUUUUACUUGUCCCCCUUGCCUAUCUUCUUAACCUCGAGACCCUUGAGAAGGUAAUUCCUCGGCUUGCUGAGGUGUUAGCCGAACACCCACUGCUUAGAUCCUUGAUGCAAACUGGUCUUCCUACUUUGACCUUAUCUUUGCUCUCACUGGCAGUUCCGUACAUAUAUGAUUGGUUGGCUAACGUGCAAGGCAUGACCUCCCAAGGAGACGUAGAGCUUUCUGUCAUUUCAAAGAACUUCUUCUUUACAUUCUUUAAUCUAUUCCUUGUCUUUACCGUCUUUGCAACAGCUUCGAAUUUUUACGGCCUUUGGGAAAAUCUCCGUGACGUCUUCAAAGAUACAACAACUAUAGCCUUCGCACUAGCUCGCUCUCUUGAGAAACUUGCGCCCUUCUAUACCAAUCUAAUAGUGCUGCAGGGCCUUGGACUGUUUCCAUUCCGUCUUUUGGAGUUUGGCAGCGUAUUCUUAUAUCCGUUCCAACGGAUGUCCGCAAUUACACCUCGCGACUAUGCGGAUUUGAGGAAACCUCCGACCUUCAGCUAUGGCUUUGCCUUACCUCCAACCAUUUUUAUUUUCAUUGUUUGCCUUGUGUACAGUGUUUUCCCAAGCUCGUGGCUCGUUUGCCUCUUUGGAUUGAUAUACUUCAGCAUUGGCCAGUUCAUAUACAAAUACCAGCUUUUAUACGCCAUGGACCAUCAAGAGCAUUCCACUGGCCGAGCAUGGCCGAUGAUCUGUAGCCGAAUUAUUCUUGGCUUGGUGGUGUUUCAGUUGACAAUGGUUGGCAGUCUUGCGCUCAGAUCCGCCAUCACACGGUCCAUUCUGAUUAUUCCUCUCCUCGGGGCUACAGUCUGGUUCUCGUAUUUUUUCUCACGCUCAUAUGACCCGCUGAUGAAAUUCAUUGCUCUCCGAAGUAUUGACCGUGGCCGCACUGCUGAUAGCGACGAGUCACCAACACCCAGUUCCAACAUUUCUCCUCCUUCCCAGUGGGAUAGGGAUUCCAUACCUCUUCGACUACGGGGACGUGACGUUGCUCCUCGGCUGAGGAAAUAUAUUAACCCAAACUUGGUUAUUCCUCUCGACUCGGCGUGGAUCCCAGGCCAGUCUGAUAAUUAUGAUAAUGAUAUCGCUUCAUUCUCACAAAAUGGAGCUUCAGCACCUGAGCGGGAGGCAGUCUAG